AUGGAGGCUUUCACGUAUUUUAUUGCAGAGAAGCUGAAUACAGAAGCGGUGGUUAUCCGUCUUAUUCUCUCAAUACUUAUGGGUUAUCCUAUCGCUUCCUUAUAUAACAUGCGAUCAGGUUCUUGGAGGGUUUUCUAUCGACACCUUUACUUGUUUGCAUGUGGUGUUACUUUAUUUCUAUGGAAUUUCGGUUUUGAUAUCGUGCAUAUGUUCAUUGGGAUAUUUACUACAAUGAUUGUUAAUUACUGUUUCGCGCAUUCAAAAGUGGCAGUUAUCUUCGCUUUUGUGUUUAAUAUGGCAUAUUUGGUAAUUGGUUCACAUAUAUGUAAUCGUGGUACUUAUGAUAUUAAUUGGACAAUGCCCUACUGUAUCCUAUGCUUGAGAUUGAUUGGAUUGUCAUGGGAUCUUUACGAUGCAUCUAAACCAGAGGCACAACGUUCAGCUUCUCAGAAAAAGUCUGCUUUAGCUAAAUUUCCAGGAGUAAUGGAAACACUGGCCUUUUGUUUUACACCAACAGCUUUUCUUACUGGACCUCAGUUUCCAAUGCGACAUUUUCAAGCAUUUAUCGAUGGAACAUUGCGACCGAGUAUUGUCCUCCGAAAUCGAACCUUUAAGGACCGUUUCAUUUAUAAUGUAAAGGUUCAACGAACAUUGGGUCGUUUUAUAAUGGGAUUUAUUGGGAUAAUUAUCUUAUCAAGGCUGUUGACAGUUUAUCCUGCUGACACGUUGUUAACUGAUGAGUUUAGAAAUGAAUGGAGUUUCUUCUCUCGCCUGUUCUACAUGAUGGUGUUUGUACAGUUGGUACUGUUACGUUAUGUAUCGAUCUGGUUAAUUGCUGAGGGUUCAUGUGUCCUACUUGGUCUUGGAUGUACUGGUUUUGUUCAUAUACGAUGCAAAGGUCUAGAUCAACUUCCCGACAUGAAGUCAACAACAAACAAAGAUACUAAAAUACCAACACGUGAUGGUCCUGUUUUAAAACGUCGAGAUUCAGCUGUUGAAUGGUCUGUUGCAGAUAAUCGGAUUAAAUCACUCGCAGAGUUGUAUGAUCCUACACAGGUUGAAGUACGUGAAGCACCACAUACAGCAUGUGCGAAUAUUUCACUGGCACGAUUUCUUCUGGCAACAAAUACUGAUGAUCUAGUCGCUGGAUUUAACAUUAAUACAAAUAAAUGGGUUUUAGAAUAUGUUUAUAAACGUUUACGUUUCUUGGGUAAUAAAAAUUUAUCUCAACUGUUGACAUUACUAUUUCUGGCACUUUGGCAUGGGACUUAUAGUGGGUAUUACAUCAAUUUCAGUGUGGAGCUAUUAGUUGUGAUCGUUGAAAAAGAUUUUUUGACAAUAUUGAAAAACUCCAAGUACAAUCACUUUUUGUAUAAAACAAUACCUGGUCGUAUUAUCAGUAGUAUAAUUGGUAAACUGCAUGUCUAUUUCCUUUUGGCAACUCCACUGGUAGCCUUCUAUUUAUUACAAUUUCAUCUAUGGUAUCCUGUUCUAAAAUCCACUUAUUUCGUUGGCUUCUGGUAUAUAUUUUGGCCAUUGAUUCGAUCAUUUGUGAAGAUUCUUUUACCAUCGUCGUCGUCAUCUCAAUCAUUGAAGACAUCAUCUAUGGCAAAUGGCAAUCUUGACAUGUCUAAGAGUAAAUUAUUAUCUUCUCUAAAAGAACAAUAA